GUUAUUGUCUGUCUGGGUUUUUUCCUUCAUGUUAAUGUUUUUCGUCUGGGUUUUUUUCUUCAUGUUAAUGUUUUAUUCCAUAGACGAAUGAAGUAUGACACGUGUGAACUGUGAACACCAUAAACUAUCAAGUUAGGUUAGAUAACAAAUUAUUCCCAUUAAACAUUUUCAAGCACGAAAAUAUCAAGUUUUUUUAAAUUCGAGUUAUGUCAUUAGUCCGCUUAUGUUAUUGCUAAUACAGAAAUAUGGCAAUAUUACCAAGAGAAUCAGGGCAGUUCAUUGAAAAACUCAGCAAGAAUGUCAAAAUUUGUGAUGAAAAGAUCACAAAUCUAUCUGAAAAGCUUUUCGAUGAGCUUCAGAAAGGUAACAUCUCUCCAGCUGGGUUCUCUGAGCACCCGUGUCACCCAGUCGCAAACGAUGCAGCUUUCAACUGGAUUUUUUUUGUGGAUACCAUCAACUUCUGUUUCUGGAGUGCUGAUGGGGCCCAUUGGGAGGUGAACUGGAUGGGCAAUUCUUACACUGGCUACUUUGCUCUCUGCGCAGCAGUCAACAGAGCUAUGGAGGAAGGUGUGAACGUGACAGAUCCUCGCGUGUACUCUCAGUGGCAGUUGGCUGACCUUGAAUAUGUCCUGAGGGGGGACAAUGGGGUCCAACUGCUGUUGCUUCCAGAACGACUGGACUGCCUGAGACAAGUGGGUAAAAGAUUGCUGGAGAAAUACCAAGGCAAUUUUGCUAACUGCGUGAAAGAGAAUCAGCAUUCUGCUCAGAAACUGUUGAAGCUCAUUGUUUCUGAAUUUCCAUGCUAUUGUGAUGAAGCUGAUUACAAUGGUGAAAGAGUGUCGUUUUAUAAACGAGCCCAAAUACUGAUCGGAGAUGUUUGGUCCUGCUUUGAGGGCAAAGGAUUGGGUGCCUUUGAAGAUAUAGACACUAUAACCAUGUUUGCUGAUUAUAGAGUUCCUCAAGUUUUAGUGCACUUUGGGGUGUUACAAUACAGUAAAGAGCUUUAUAAGAAACUCGAAAUGGGAGAACUGCUCCCCAAUGGUUCACCUGAUGAGGUAGAGAUUCGAGGAUGUUCUAUAGAAGCUGUAGAGAGGCUAAGGAACAGGGUACAACAGUUAACACAUGGGUCUGGGAAGUCACUCUCUUGCAAUUCUAUCCUGAUUGAUCACUUCCUGUGGACUUACCGCCGACAGUGUAGGGAAGAACUUGAUGCUGUCCCCUUCCACAAGACCAUUUGCAUAUUUUAUUAAAGGUUUCAAUUGGAAAAAAAUAGAAUUUUUCCUUCAUGGAUUUGUUCCUAAUGUGUGAUACUUUUUAAAGAAUUCCAAAAAUUGUUGUUAGUGGUAUAAGUGCCUUUUCCCUUCUUCAUGUUUUAAUGAAGUUUAGUAGUAUGCAAUUAGAAAGAAUUAUUCCUAUAAUAUUUUAAACAUUUUCUUUUAAUUGAUUAAAGAGUUGCUAAGGUUCGGGACACAUAAUUUUAAUAUAGUAUUAGUGGAGUUGUCUAUUCUCUAAUGUGCUAAUUACAGAUUUACUUUAUUUAUAUACAAACUAUUCUAUUCUUUUAUUGUCACAUUAUAAUUAUGUAGGAAAACAUAUUACUACAAUUUGUUGUGUAUAUUUUAUAGUGAUAAGUUAAAGCUUAACAAUACAAAAAUAGGUCAUAACAGUCCUUUUAUGGUGUAGUAAAAAUAUUUAAUUAGUAGUUAGAUUUUAGAUUGGUAAAACUAGUUCAAAAUUUUAUUCUGUAUUCUUUUCUCCAUCAACUGAAACUGUAAUCCUACAGAAAACCAGAAUGCCUACUGGUUUGAAAAUCAGAGUGCCUACUGGUUAAUAAUCAAAGAGCCUACUGGUCUAAAAAUCAGAUUGCCUACUGGUCUGAAAAUCACAUUGCCUAUUGGUCUGAAAAUCAGAUUGCCUACUGGUCUGAGAAUCAUAUUGCUUACUGGUCUGAAAAUCAGAUUGCCUACUGGUGUGAAAAUCAGAUUGCCUACUGGUUUAAAAUCAAAGGCCCUACUGGUCUGUAAAUCAGAGUGCCUACUGGUCUAAAAAUCACAGUGCCUACUGGUUUAAAAUCAAAGGCCCUACUGGUCUGUAAAUCAGAGUGCCUACUGGUCUAAAAAUCACAGUACCUACUGGUUUAAAAUCAAAGGGCCUACUGGUCUGAAAAUCAGAUUACUCCUACUGAUCUGAAAAUCAGAUUAUUCCUACUGAUCUGAUAAUCAGUAACGUAAAUAAUUGAGAAACAUUGUGUUACAAAUAAAUAACAUCAUACAAAUAUUGAAAAUGUUCUAAUAAAAUAGAUAAUUAGCUCAUUUUGCUUCAGUACACAAUUUAUAAGGUAUAAAAGCAUUUAAAAGGGUUUUUCCCUAAAAAUAUGUAGGUUUGUUCCAUCUUUGACUCUGUGUUCUACAUUGUUAUAAAUUGUACUGUUCUAAUGAAGAUGCCCUUACAAACAUAUUGUUAUUAAGUUUUUUGCAUUUCCUCUAUUUAAUAUAAAAAUACUUGCCUAUCAGCAACUCUGAUUAAAUAAAACCACUAUUCUGAAUAAUUAUAUACGUAUACAGAGUGCUGAUGCUUGUAUGUAUUUGAUAUUGUGAACAGUGUACUAUACUAUCUUGUUCAAGCCCAGAAUAAUUAUUCCUAGGGACAACCAUUGGCCCAACAACAGAAAUAUUGUGGCAUAUGUGUAAACCACAAUGUUAAUAAAUCUGCUAUUGUUAGAUGAAUACGAAUAUUGUAUUAAGAGAGUAUGAUCUCACAUUAAGCAUAAUGGCCAAAUCUAUAUUUUCCAGUUAAAAAUUACAUUUUCUAUCAGGUAAUUUAAAUGUAUGAUGAUUUUUGAUAUUAAUUUGUGUUGACUUAAAAAUCCUCAAAUUAGUAGGCAAUAGUUAUUUAAACUACUAUAUUGAACUGAGUCAGCUUUUUAAAAAUUACGAUUGUAUUUAUAUGAGGCUAUUUUCGUACUUAGGAACAAUUAGGAUUCCUUUAACAUUUAGCUUGUAUUUCCAAAUCCAAUUGGACUGUGAAGGUUUGAUUUUGGGUAGAGUACAUUCUGUGUAUGCAGAAAUUCUACUGUAGGCAGGAAUGUAGCCAUUUCCCUGGACUUAGUUGAGUGGGUAUGCCUCAAUGAAACAAUGAUAGCCCAAGUUUUGACCAGUAGAUUGUUCUGGUCACACCAACUAUAACAGUUUACCAUUAACUCCCCUUUGAUGGCGUUACAGUCCAUUAGUCAAUCUGUGUUUCAUCAAUAAUGGUGCUGUUAUUGAUGACCAUUAAUGUGUAGUUUGGUAUUGAUGACAAACUAAACAUGUUUCAUAGGCAGAUUGCUUGUAGAGGAUUAUGUAAAUAUUCUUUAUUAUUUAUAAAAAGUUUGUAAAAGAAUGCAACAUAUUAUUAAUAAUGUAUCCAGAAACAAUUGGGCAUAUUAUUGAUACAUGUCACCAUCUGUGUACUUAUCUACUUAUCUCAUAUUAACCUCAUAGCCAGAACUAGUAUUUCUAGGUCAGAAGCCUCUUCAUGGACACUUAAUAUUGGUGUAAGUUUGGUCACAUAAGGUGUAAUGUUAAAUCAUACCUCAAAUACAAACUAAAAUUGAUUGCUUAUGUUACAAUUUUUAUUUUAUAAUACGUGGGUUAAUAAGUUUUAAAUAAAAAAAUGAAAGUACUUUCUUAUGUUGGAACAUCAAAUUACUGAUGCUUAUAUCCAAGUUAAUUCAUUCUAAAUAAAAUGGAAAAAUAUUGAUUCAAAUUGAAUAGUGUUAUUUAGUGUUGACUAUAUAAGCUAAACAAUGAUAAUCUGUGUUAUGAAAUGUGAUGUAUGUUUGUGGAUAUGAUGCUAGUUAUGUCUUGUUUUCGUUAAUAAAAAAUUGUUUUAUCAUCUUU